ACCCCAGCAGUUGCUAGGCGACGUUUGUUUGGCGUUAGCUACCUGUUAGAUGGAAACCCGUCAGGGCUAUUUGAAUUAAUUGAUGAAAGCAACCCCAUCUUUAACACUUUACGGGAGAAAGCUAUCAUACAUUUAGUUUCUCAGCCAUGGCUACUGAAACACACGGCGUGCCUCAGCUUGAACUGGAGGCUGUCUUUGGGUUCAACGGGCAUGUGUGUUCUGGCCUGAGGGUCCAUCCAGAUGGAGAGCACCUGAUUUACCCUCUGGGAUGCACAGUAAUCCUGAAGAGAAUCAAAGAUGGCAAGCAGGAGUUCCUGAAUGGACACACAAACAAUGUAUCCUGUAUUUCAGUGUCUAAAAGUGGAUCGUAUAUUGCCUCUGGACAGGUCAACUUUAUGGGCUUUAAGGCCAUUAUAAUUAUCUGGGACUAUGCACAGCGAACAAUUCAUGCGGAGCUGCUGCUGCACAAGGCGAAGGUAGAGGCACUGGCCUUCUCUCCCAACGACAAGUAUCUGGUGUCCCUUGGGGGUCAGGAUGAUGGCAGCAUAGUGGUGUGGAAUGUAGAAACCAAGCAGGCCAUCUGUGGGAGCCCGGCUUCAGCUUCUAGCGCCGGCCACUGCCUCACCCUGCAGUACUCCAACACAAACAAUAUCUUUGUUUCUGCUGGGAGCGGAACAGUGCGAGUGUGGGAGCUGGACCUCCUCAACAGAAAAAUCAAGCCAACAGAGUGUCAGACAGGCAAACUGAAGAGGAACGUGCAAUGUUUAGAGAUUUCAGAGGAUGACCAGUUCAUUUACUGCGGCACCACCAGCGGAGACAUAAUGAAAAUCACACUGAAGACAGGACUUCUGAGUGACUGUGGUCCAGCUAAACCAAAAUACAGCCAGGGUGUCAGUGUCCUAAGGGUACUGAAGUCUGGGGACCUGCUUGUAGGCUCUGGAUCUGGCACCUUCGCUGUGUGCUCCAGGACUAACUUCAAAACUCUUAAGAAAGUCCAGCUGGAAAAGGGCGUGACCUCCAUUGCUCUAAGAGGAGAGGGCCAGCAGUUCUUUGUUGGCACCAAGGCUGCUCAGAUGUACAGCUUCAGUUAUGACAGCUUUGAAGCUGAGCUCAUUUCCACCAGCCACAACAGAGCUGUCAGUGAUGUAGCCAUAUUAUUUGGAACAUCAGUAAUAUUUGGAACCUGCUCUGGGGAGGACAUCCGUGUGUGGUACAUAGACAAGCCCAAAGAGUUGCUGCGCAUCACUGUACCCAAUAUGACCUGCAAUUCCCUGGACUUCAUGACUGACGGACAUAGCAUCAUCAGCGCCUGGAAUGAUGGUAAGAUUCGCGUGUUUGGUCCAGAAAGCGGCAGGCUCAUGCUCAUCAUUCACGACGCACACAAAAUGGGUGUGACGGCCAUCGCUGGCACCAAGGACUGCAAGAGGAUUGUCAGUGGAGGGGGAGAAGGGCAGGUGCGUGUUUGGGAGCUGCAGCCACAUGGCCACCGGCUGCUGGAGACCAUGACGAAGCACAAAGCCACUGUCACUUGUAUCAAAGUCAAGAGUAAUGACAAAGAGUGUGUCACUGCCAGCUCUGAUGGUGCCUGCAUCAUCUGGGACAUAGUGCGGUUUGUGAGUCUUCAAAUGAUGAUCGCCAACACAUCAUUCAGGACUGUGUGCUACCACCCAGAGGAAUACCAGAUCAUCACCAGUGGCACUGACAGAAAGGUUACCUACUGGGAUGUGUUUGACGGCUCUGUCAUCAGAGAACUGGAGGGCUCGCUGUCUGGCUCCAUCAAUGGCAUGCACAUCUCACAGGAUGGCAAACACUUUGUGACAGGCGGAGAUGACAAGCUGCUGAAGGUGUGGGACUACACUGCAGGUGAAGUAACCCACGUGGGAAAAGCUCACGGUGGCAGUAUCACCAGCAUCAAGCUCUGCUCCAACAGCAGGACCCUAAUCAGCACCAGCGCAGACGGAGCCAUUCUCCGAUGGAAGUUCCCUCACCCUCCUUCCUCUUAAUGUGACGUGUGGACGCAACAGAAAUGCUUAGUGCACGCAAAGCCACACUCAAACUACAAUUUAUCCAACGCUCUUCCUCAUCUCUCAGCAGAUGUUCCUCUGAGUAUCUCACUGAAUGGAUUUACACUCUGAGGAAUAAAUUUCAUGUCAUUAAGCAUCAGUGACUAUACGAGACCUUCUUUGUCAGUAGAGCUAGGAUGUGCAGACCUGAAGACUUCUUGAGCAAGCGGUGAUUCCACACAGGGGCUGAAUCCACAGACACUUCACUUGAAUUCGAAAACCACACUUCAAGGCACAAGAAUUCUUCACAUCAGAGUGACUGCACGAGGCGCCUUUAUAGUUUUUAUAGAACAUCAAAAUGAAUGUUGUGCCACCGACUUCUUCAAUGCACAUUAAUCCAAAACACGUAAAAAGGCUAUAUUAUACAAAACAUUCAGUGUACAGAUAUGAUUCUCCUCGCGCCUGCUGCUGUAGAGGCAAGCAGGGGGCCCAGAUUCUUGGCCGCUUAAGCACAACACUGUUGUCAGCUAAUCCAUCAACAGCGAUCCCCUGAAGGAUCCUGGUUAAAGAGGGGAGGCAACGUGCAACACGGAGCCUCUCUUACUGUCUCUGAUCUGAGCCCAUUUUCCUCACCAUUGUUCAAAGUGGCCUAUCUAAAUAAUUUAAAACUCACCCCUGCUCCCUCAAAAAAAAAAAAAAAAAAAGAUAGUAAAAUGGCAACCCAAAUCAGCAAAAACAUCCCAGGAUCAGAGGGAAAGAGCAUCUCUGGAAGAAGCACAAGAAGUCAGAGUUAGUUUACUGGGUACAAUGGAGUACCAUCUGUUCUAACAAUGCUGGAAAAUGAGCAUCAGGGAAAUUAUGGGAAUACUGGAUAGGACUCUGACUAUCUAUUUCAAUAAAUCAGCACAUCUGGCCCACUAAAUUCAAUCUUUAGUACUGGUGAGCUGUGAAAUUAAGCUUCAGAUGAUUAGAAUGUGAAUAAAGCAAAAAGAAAAAACAAAAAAAAUGAAUGAAUGAAAAUAAUGCCGGAGCCCCAUCGAUAUCCAGACCUGCACAGAACAUGUCCUGGCCUAAUGGUUCUGUAACAUCCAUUCUGCUGACUUUUGUGGAGCUUCCAGGGUGUUGUAGUGGCAGCAGCAUUAAUGAGUGUGAAGACAGCGGCCAGGCUAUUUAUAGGAUACUGUACGUGUGUCUGUAAAUGCUUAUAUUAUGUAGACAGGGUGUUCAAUAGCAAGACGCAGAAGCAGGCGAAGACCCUCUGUGUCAGUUAGAGCUGCAGCCUGCAACUAUUACUCAGUCAAAAUAAAAUAGUUCUCAAAUA